AAACAUUUUAAUUUGUCAUUUGGUCCUUGGUGCUUUUUUUUUCAUUUUUAAUUCGCUUUCCCGCAGAAACUAUUUUGAUGUGAUUCCUUCAAAAUGUUCUUAGGCGGUUUAAACUUUAUUUUGAUUAAAUAUUAGGUAAAGUGAAAUUAUUUACUACUCAACUAUGGUUGGAUUUCCACUUUUUAUUAACUCUAUCACCCAACCGUAAGCUCUACCAGGACGUUUUCUAAAACAAAUAUUCAAAAAUCCUGAUUCUUAUAAAUCUGGACUUUCUUGGGCUCAUUCUACUCAGAAUCGUAAGCAUUCUCCAUCCUACCGUCAUCAUAACGUCCGUUCCAUUACGUCACAAUUAUAAGUGUGAAAAAAAAUUCACUACUUGAAACUAAAAUCCAUACAAAUUAUGGGCGCAUUUUUUUGCAACAGGAUUGAAUAUGCUAGUGAUUCUGAGUUGAAAGAAACCAAAAACACCAGGAUCUGUGAGAAUCAGGUCUUAAUUUUUUUUUGAGAAAGCUCACCUACGUUGUCUGCCUAUUCCUUAAUAGGUACGUGAUGUUUUGUUUUAGAGGUAUUUACAAAUCCAAUAGUAAUAAGUAGGUAUACAUAGAGUCCGUCUAAGCUAACUUUGUAGCGAUUGCAGACGUCCAUGGGCUACGGUGGCUGCUUACCAACAGGCGGGCCGUAUGCUUGUUUGCCACCGUCGUGGUAUAAAAAAAAUUAAAAAAAUGUAAAUGCCAUAUUUUCAUAGAAAUUUGAUAUUAAUGAUGACAUUAGGUACCUCACUUUGUCAUCACUAAUGCUAUGGAGAGUUAGCUUGGUCCGACUCUAGAUAUAUGUAGCAAAUAAUCUGGUCAAUUCGAACGUACACUGACAUCAGAAUGACGUCAUUUAACUAUCGUGCGUCUCGCUCGCGCCAAUACAUUAACGAACAAUACGAGCGAAAUGCACGAUAACUGAACGAUAUAAAUUAGGUAUCAUUCUAGUGUCAGUGUACGUUAGAAUGGGCUUGGCGAAUGUCAAAGAUUUGCAUAGAUGGCGCCAUCAUAGCUUGCCCCUCUAUCCCCUUAUCUUUAGUUGUGUUAUAUCAGAUUAGGCUUUAAAGGGCUGGUACAAUUCGACACAAUUCUAGGGAUUGACAGGGCAAGCUAUCAUGGCGCCAUCUGGAAAAUAUUUCGACCGGCCAACCCUAUUGGCCUGACAGAUUGUCACAGAUACUUAGAAAUUGUAAAGAGAUUUCUACUAGAGUAGGUAUCUACUCAUCCUUAAGAAAAAGGUAAAACUGAAAUUUGACAAGAACGACUAAGCCACCCUGAAAUUAUUUAAGUAGGUAGAUAUACAAUUAUUUACUUUGAUCGGUAGCAAUGAUAGAAUAUUUCUACUAAAUACAUUUUAGUGUAGGUACAGGAUAAAUGGAUAAUUAAUGAUCUCGAACAGCAUAAAAAUUAAAGAUCGGACAGCUUUUUAAGUUUUACCUCUAAAUAAUUACUACAGCCAACCCAUUUCGCCCUAAUGCUAUUACAAUAACGUAUUAAAAUAUUUAUUAUGAAACCGAAGAAAACUAUAAAAUAUCUAUUAGAAGCAACUCCAGACUGGAAUUUUCAUAGCUAGCGCGCAGCAGACAGUAUUUUACUCAGAAGUAUCUACGAUAUUUAUUUAUUAUGACACCGGGCUGUAAUCACGGCCUGCAGAGGGCGGAAGGGCCAAAAUAAAGAAAUCCCUUCCCGGAGGCGGGAGCCCUGCAUAAAGAGCCCUCACGCCCCCAACAUCCUUCCAACACCAAAUAAAAGACCAGCACCUAGAGACGCAACCGAAAAAUCCAGGCUCUAUAAUUAUGUUCAGCUCCCAACCGAUGUACCGGCAAGCCAAUUUAAAUUUACUGCGAACGCCGCACGUGUACCACAAAAUGAAAUCCUACUACCGCACAGAAACACGCACGAAACAAAACCUAGAAAAACACCGCUGGCGCCACCCCUUCGAUGCUAGUGGCUGCUUCCUCGAACCACGCCUGUUUCCGAACGCUACCCUAGCCGUCUCCCUCCCACCCACAAAAUGAAGCAUUCUCCCUCUCGUUUUGUCCCGUGAUGUCGUUCGAAAGCUUAGCGUUUUUGGUCAGUACGCGUUGAGAGUUAGCGCGCGUAGGAGCGUUGUCGCCGCGCUUGCCGUCGCGGGGUGUCAAGUGAAGUGCCGUGGAGGUGCCGAAGUGGCGGGAUUCCUUGCCGCGGGUCGGGGGGCCCAUGCCCCCUUUCACCAGCACCACAUUGGUAAAAGACGUGGCGAAGCAGGCGGCGCGAUGUCGUGUGCCGGCUGCGAGAAGCCGAUCUUGGACAAGUUCCUGCUUCACGUGCUCGAGCGCGCGUGGCACGCGGCGUGCGUGCGCUGCGCAGACUGUCGCGCGCCUCUCGCUGACAAGUGCUAUUCGAGGGACAACAAGCUGUUCUGCCGCAAUGACUUCUUCAGGCGAUAUGGAACGAAAUGCAGUGGUUGCGGGCACGGCAUAUCCCCCUCUGACCUGGUCCGGAAAGCGAGAGAAAAAGUCUUCCAUCUCAACUGCUUCACUUGCCUCGUCUGCAGAAAGCAGCUUUCCACCGGCGAGGAACUAUACGUCCUUGAUGACAACAAGUUUAUUUGUAAGGAGGACUACCUGGCUGGAAAGACACCGACGACGCAGCAUUCGGACUCACUCCUAGGCUCAGGUUCGGACGACGAAGAGGAAGACGAAUCCCGCGCAGCGAACAACUCGAGCAGUCCAGCGCACGCGCCGCACCCGGCGCUGCAUUCUGAGCUCUCGCAUAACGGAGACGCGAAACCGCACGAUGACUCGGAGGACCAGGGGUCCCUGGACGGCGACCCGGAGACCCGGGACUCCCAGGCCGAGAACAAGUCCCCAGACGACGGCAACGGCGGGUCGAAGAGGAGGGGUCCGAGAACGACGAUCAAAGCCAAGCAGUUGGAGAUCUUAAAGUCAGCGUUUUCGCAGACGCCGAAGCCGACGAGGCAUAUAAGGGAACAGCUGGCGAAGGAGACUGGGCUUCCGAUGAGGGUUAUACAGGUGUGGUUUCAAAACAAGCGAUCAAAAGAGCGCCGCCUAAAGCAGCUCACGUCCAUGGGCCGCGGCCCAUUCUUCGGCUCCUCCCGCAAGAUGCGAGGGUUCCCUAUGAACCUGUCUCCAGGGGGUCUGGACGAGGGGCCCCCAGGCUUCCCGUACUUCGCAACGGCGGACGGGAAGUUUGAGUUUGGAUACGGACCCCCGUUCCAUCAUGAUGCUCCGUUCUUCCAUCCGCCUCCGGCUAUGCCGUUUAAUCAGCCAGGUCGUUUCGCAGGCGGGAUGGAGUCUCUCCCCGGCGAGUUCCCCGAGCAGUUCCCGCCGCCGGACCACCUGGUGCUCCCCCGGCCCUCCUCCCCCGAGUUCACCUUCGGCGACGCGCCGCCCCCGCUCCAUCCUGAGGGCCUGGUCUGGUAGCUCAAGCCGGAGCCGCGAGACUACCACGACUGAUGCGGCUCGGCGGGCUACAAAGUGGACUUUAACAGUGUCAUUCAAUAACGCUGUGAUUCGAUUUAAAGGACAUGUGCUUGUGAAUAAGUGUACAGAAGAGUUUUAUAAUAUUGAUAGUAAUUUAUUAAGUUAUAAAAUAAUUUAUUUACAGCUUAAGCUUUUGGUUCCUAUUUUAAGAUAGAAGCGGCAAUUUAUCAUAGUUUCAUGUAUGUAUUUAUUUAUAAUUUUAGUUUAGUGUACACGGGGUCUUAGUUAGGGUGACCACAAACGAGACUACAGGAGGACAUUUCCGAUACAAAUUUAAGGUUUUGUAAAUAUAAUAUAAGUUGUACAGUACAUAGAUUAUUGCUGGACAAGUCUGUACGAUAUUAAAUUUAUUAUGUACUAAGUGGUAGUUAUUUGAUAAUAAGUUCCGGUGAAAUAAUUCCUUUUUAAUCCUGCUUAUCUUAAAUGGGUAUUGACAAUUUCCUAUAUUUUAAUUAUUUAAGAAAAAAUGCAUUUCCGUUAAGCGAAUUUAAUUGUCUGUAAAUUACUUUAUAAUUUUUACCCUUAAACAAGGUAGAAUGUAGGUAGCUAUGCACCUGCUUUAAAAUUGUGAAAACUUUUUAUGGAAUUAUAUCGCUAGGUACAAAUUUUAAAGCAAAACAAGGAACUUAAUCGGAUGGCGAUUUUAUACCUCCUUUAUUGAAGGGACAUAACAUAACUUUGUAUUUUAUACAAAUAUUACCUUGUUUGUGAUAUGACACUUUAGUAUUAUCAUUUGAUUAAAUCAUGAUUACACUAGGCAGUGAUUUGCAAUGACUUUUACCUUUUAACAUCGUGACCUAUUUCUCAAAUUUACUUGCUUCGUGUAAUCGCGCCUUAAACAAAUCAUAAUGCGCUCACAUUUCAUUUCAUUUCCUUCCUAAAACAAUGAGCUUAUUUCUACAAUUAUCUGAAGUGUCAUAAUACGAACUAAAGCGUUUCAUAAAAUCAAGGGAACAUAAACACACCGUAAAAAAAUCUCAUUAUGUUUCGAGGCACGAGUCUGCAACAGUUUAUUUCAAAAUGUAAUUAGUGUAAAUACGUCGGUGUUUUAAUAAAUCACGUUGUCGUGAACUACUAAUGUAUAUAAAUUACCGUCAGCGCUGUUUAAAAUUAAUUUACAUUGACUUAUGUAAGUAUAAGUAAACUAAUUCAUGAGUCUGUCAUUUGCUAGUGAUUUUGCCUAGUUUGUUUCACAUUUUAUCGCAUUUCAGAUAAAAAAAGUGGAGCAAAUAAUAAACUAUAUUUUAAUAUUAAAAUAAAACACUAACCACCUUAUUCAUAAACGUUUACUAAAGUUAACUUAUUGAUAUGAUUGAAAGGGACAAACGAUUAUUAGCGGCUUGUUAACUUUAGUAGACGUUUAUGAAUAAGGGGGCAAAUGUCUACGAAAGACAGUGAAUUAUUUUCAAGCUGAAGCAAUGUAAUGUCUGACAGUGCCAUUUUAAAUGCUUGCCCCGUUUAUACAAGCACAGUUGAGUUACUUAUAGAUGUGUAGUGUAAACGCAGCAUGGCCCAAAAUCAAAAUCAUAGUGGCAGAUGAUUAAAGUGAACUAUUCUUUUUAAACUGUAAGGUUCGUUUUAACUAAACUUGUUCAGAAUUAUUAGCACUUGGUUUUGAAAUAAAGUUUAAGAUACUUAGGUAGGCAUUAAGAUACCUACCAUCUUAUCUUUGCAUUUCUUUCUUGGAUGUAGGGUGACCACAUUAUUUACACGAAAUUAUUUAAUUUUGAACACUACAUAACUACUUGCAUACCUCACUUAAUUGCUCAAUGAAGUCGUGUCACUUCUGAUCAAAUCUCCAAUGUCACCCUGUAUUUUGCGUUCCUUUAAAAGGUAUUAAAAUCUAAACUUGUCACUUGUCUAAAGUCUUGUUCGGUUACUUAGUUUGUAAGUGCGUUGGACUCGCGACUCGAAACAUAAUGAACAUGUAUGUACACUAGUGUAAGUGUUAAUAUUCGGUACAUACCUAGGUCCCAUUUCUCGAACGGUAUUAGUCUAAUAUUAUUAGUAUGUUGUCAUGGUAACUCAUACGGAUUGACAGUUCGUGGACUAAUAAUAUUAGUCUAAUAAAGUUUGAGAUAUGAGCCCCUACUGUUGUCUGUAUGUAUUAGUGCAUAACAAAAGUACAUAAUGGAAUUGUCUGUAAGAAUAAAAUCUAUUUGAAAAUAUUA